GACUAUUUGAAAACAGCUGUGUAAUACAUAUCUUUUUGAACACAGUAGCAUGCUUCGUGACAUGUAGUACGGCUCCACACAAGACCUUCUUUGUUGUGUAUAUAUACGUUAAAACAGUUAAGUAUCUGAGGAGGGUUUGGGAGACUCAAAGCAUACAUACAUACAGCACAUUUUUAGAACAGCUACGCCUAAUUAUAUGUGUACGAUGCAAAAAUCUUGUUAACAAUAUAGGACGGACAGUAUGGUAGUAAAGAUCAAGGGUGUGCACAUGCAUGCCUUAUUGAGAUCGCCAUCUGCGUUGGUCUACCAACCGCAUGCCAUAAAACACUGUGUAAGGGGACUUGGUCACAGGCUCCAGAGCAUUACAACACAUCUGGCAUAUCCCACUAUACACGCAGAUGCUUCAUUAACAUCACGGUCGCAUAGAUACAUACAUACAUACUGUUGUGACAAAUUAAAACGAACGCCACUGCAGCAACCUCAGCCAUGUAUACGACAAACCUACAGAACAUACGGUAGUGAUAGUAGUAAUAGUAGUAGUAGUGAUAAAACUGGGACACGCACGCAACCUCAAAGCGUUUCGGCGAAGCACGAGCCUGAGCCUUUGUUAUCGCGCUUUGACUCGGUUGUGCGUGUUCAGAAAGAGGAGCCGCUGGAAACCCAAGACAACUUAGUAAAGGAUGUGUACGCCCGCAUGUUCGGCAGUGGAAUAACGGCUGUGAGUGGCAAUAUACUGUCGAAACCGAAUACAGUGCCUAGACAGAAGAGAACGAAGCGUGUAUCGAGUGCCCGAGGUGGGGCAUUGGGUCGAAAGGGGUCAAGUGCAAAUCCGAGUGCGAGUAUGCGUGCGCAUGCAUCUGUGAAUCCUAAUCCGGAUCAGACUCUGAACGAAGACCUGAGUGUGUUCAUCCACGACAUGCUGCAGCGAGGCAAGGCUCGUAGCCCAACAACGGUACACAAAGCCGGUACAAACACAGCGGUAAGCAAAGCCGGGACCGUUGGAGGCCUUGAUAAAGCACAUGACCAUAGCGCCUCAGUCGCAGAACAGGCUGUUGAACAGUCAACCUCGAGCAGUGAGCUUGAUGGUGACAGAGUUCCCGGGGCCGAACUGAAGUCGCAGUUAGAAAGCUCACGUGCGGCAGCGAAAGAGAAGGACAAGGAACUUAAAUUAGUGGGCUGGAAACCAGCUGUCUCUGGAGACACUCCGAAUGAGGGGGUGGUGCUGGAAAGUUUUGAAAGCGCUUUAGAACUGCUCAAGUCGCAGAUUGGAGGCAUUGCGGGUGCGAAGAAUGCGGAGGAGAUUGUUGCGCCGGCCACAAUUGAGAUAGAAACUGAUAAACAAGCGCAGGAUGUGGCGUCGACGACGAGUGAUACUCUGCGCAAGUUGGAACAAAUUCAACUGGACCGGUCUCAGAAAAAGCUACGCUUGUCCUUGGGCCCUAUGUUGGAGAAGUACAAUCUCGCCCUGAAACGGUUUAGAGCAACCGAUCCACGCGAUAGGGCAAACAUGUAUGUGCUACCCGACUACUCCCUGGAGGAGCAUAUCGACAUCGCCAUUGCCCAUCUGAAAUGGUACGACGCAAAGACCGCCCGCAAUAUCGUCUACGAACUGUCCAACGCAAAAACGUUUCUGCGGUUACCCGAAAUAAUUCGCGGGUGGCAUCUGUCGCCUCAGAUCACCCAGAGACUGCUCAAGCUCACGCAGAUGCUGGCAGAGCGUGAUUUCAUGCUCGUGGGCAUGUUACACGAGGCGUUGGUGGAUGUGUAUGGCAUGAAGUUCUACAACGUGCAACGGCCCAUGGAUAGUAUGGAGUUGGCGAGUCUGAUGGUCGAGGCCAUGGUGAAGGGGAGCGAGCUGGACAGAGCAAUUAGAGCGUAUAAGGUGGCCACCAAGCUGAAUGUCUACCCGAAAGCACGCACGUAUGACCUAUUCAUCCCCGCUGUGGAACAGCAGAUCCAAGACUGUGUUUCGUCGGGCAAUAACAAAGCCGCACACCAGUUUCAUGCCACCCUCAAACACCUGUACACCGAUAUGCUGACUCAGCGAAUACCUCUGAGUGUGCACACAAUCCCCCACUCCUUCAAACCUAACUGGGGCAGCGCAGAACGGCUGCGGUUACUGAGCGAAGGGUACGGUACCAUACUCGAGGGAGGUGCGGGGCGAAAAGGGGCGUCCGAGGAUGUGAUCCCGCAUGAGGUGCCUUCGUAUGUGCACGCUGUGGGGUUGUACCAGCUGGCCCAGACGGAGUUCUACCGCGACGCUCGCGAGUGGUUCAAUGCCUUGAUGGUGUCAGUGCGUAGAGAGCACGUGGCCAACGGAGUCAAGUACCGAACUUUGCAGGAGCAUGCACGCAUCUCCUCGCUGGAUGGGGUCUCAAGCGACACGCACACGUGGGUGGACGCAGCUAUUGCGGGCCAAGAUCUCUCAGCCGAAGGUUCGGAGAGUGUGCCUACCUUUGGGCCUGUGGAUGUACACGCACAUGCUGCACGCGCCCAAGUCCUGGAGGAUGCCCACAUACGCACAGGCUGUGGCGAGUACUGCAGCGGAGGCCAGCAAGAAGCCCAGGCGUCCCUCCAGGCGCAACUGGCCAAGCACACCAAAUACCGCCCGGAGAUGGAUCUGGUCACCCACGCGUGCACGGCGUAUGCGACGGCCUUUGCCCUGCCCCACAAAGGCGUGGGUGGUGAGCUGCACCUGAGCAGUCUGAGGUGGCAGUAUGGGUAUGAGAUGGUGCGGUCUAUGGCACACGUGGGGCUCUGCGUGCCUGUACGGGCGGCCGAGGCUGUGAUGCGCGACUGUGUGGGCGCGGGGGUGUGGCCGCGAGCGCUGGAAGUGUACCACGUGAUCACGAGUCAGCGCAGAGACGUCGCGUUUUACAGCGCGGUGCUCAUGCGCGCGCAGCCCACCGCGCCUGCCGACACGCUGCGGAAUACGAACGAUGUGCGCGUGAUCAACGACGAUGGUAGCCAGGAUGAGUACGGCAUGCGUAUGGUAGACAUGGCCUUAGUGGCGUGUCGGGAGGGUAACACACCGGCCUUGGCAGAGAAGGUACUCAACGCGGCGCUGUCGUAUAAUGAUGGGGUGGUCAGAGCCGACCAUGCUGUGGAGUGUGCAGAUAGGGCGGAUGAAAAGACGGGUACACAGGCGCACAAGUACGUGUACCGGGGUUUGCCUGAGCUGAGCGUGUCAGACCACACCUAUGCUACGGUGAUUGCUGCCUGGGGUGCUGUGGGUGACUGGCAGGGUGCUGUGAGGACAUACAUGGACACUCGUGCGUGUGUACCAGAUAACCGGAGCAGGGAGCGUGGGCCACUAACACGCACGCAGAAAGAACAUACUGAAAACUCUACGCCUGAGCAGACACGUACGCGCAGACUCAGCCCCGGGUCAGAUCGGUUGGCGUCACUGGCUUUACUCAGGGUAGUAGCCACGUGCGGGCAGUGGGAGUAUGCGCUGGGGUUCAGCGAACGGAUGUUCAAGGGAGUAGACACGCUCUUCGACUCUAUCAAACACGCCCAGGCGUAUGCGAAUAAGGAAGCGGAACAGGGUACGGACACGCGUGCCAGCAGCACUGCGGAUGUUAAUCACCUGUUCUUCAAUCAGGAGUAUAUAUACCCACUCCCACCCCAUCUCACGGGUAACGUGCGUGUACCGGAGGACGGGAAGCUGGCGCUCGACAUUGCGUCUAUGGGCGUUGUGCUGAGAGCCCUCGAUAUGAGUUCGUCAACGGACAGCGACCACCACACGCAUGCCAACGCGCACGGCAAUCGGACGGCGCUGAGGUAUGAGGAUGCUCUAUGGGCCCUGCUGGACGGUAAGCAUACAGCUAAGUUACAGGCGAACCCCUUCCCUCGACCUGAUGGUCUGUUCUUUAACGAUGCCAUGUACCGUUUGGGCCGCAGGGGUGCGUGGAGAGACGCCGUGCGCCUAUUCCGUUACAUGCGAACCAAAGGAGUGGCGGUUACGCGCCAACAGUAUGGCAUCACGCAGGCGGCGGUGUGUGGGCUGAGCGAGUGGAAGACGUGUGUGUACAAGCAUGCGCAGACCGGAGAGCCUUGGGGUAAGUUCGACCCCAAGGUGUGGAAUAGGAGGUAUGUAGAGACGUUCUUAGCAUAUGGCGUGCCUCUGGGAAGUGCUGCCAAUCGGGAGGGGGUGGACGCUAGGGCUGAUAGUGACCUUGUUACCAGGUUACGGGAGAGUGACGCGUUGUUUGAAGCCAUGAUUAAAGAGAAUUGGGCCGUCAUGGACUAUGCUCCGCUGCAGUUCCUGCGGCGAGCCCACCGGGGCGUGUACGAUCUGCACUUCAUGGGGGUGGAGGAGGCGCUGGCGGCAGUUCGGUACGUGAUGCGCAACUACCAAACGGUCAAGGCAGGCACAUGGGCUGGAAUAGGACACACCCACAGCACGAAGGAGGAUGACGGCCUGUACGACAAGUUUGGGCGGGGGUUGGCCUAUGAAAGUGCUCGAGCUCGGUCGAGUUCCGGGGCUGUGAUCACCGGACCGGCUGCGACAAGCACACUACCAACGCGUGCGGAUGAGACUCCCUGUGGGCUGUGGUUUGAGCGCGAUGAACGAGAUUUCUGGCGGCAGAAGGAGAAAGCUUUAGGUUUCGCCUCUGAUAUACUUGUGAAGCACGCAGACCGAGAAUGGGCUGCUGUGGGGGAGAUCAAGUUCGUGGUAGGGGGCAAGGUUGAUUCAGGUUGCAGUUCGGUACUGGGGGGUGUGGUGCAGCACUGCCUGCUGAGCCUGGGAGUGCCUAGCAAGGCCGGGUGGACGGCUAUGGAGCUGAAGCACUGGACUCUACAGCAGCCAUUGGUGACGGUGCGUUUGGAGGAUAUCCAGAGGUGUGGCGAACGGCUGGCAGAUGCGAAGUAAGAUGGUGGACACAACGCGAGCCAAAUAGUCAAAACUUGUUUUCUCAUGAAUGCCAAAUGCCAGUGCGGUGGUCGGGCCGUGGCAUAGAAAGCAUCGGUAGCCUCAGGGGUGUCCGGGAGUACUACCACGUUGGUCGGUGAUACAGUCUGAGUUUAUGUACUUCUGAAAUAACGUACACGAUAGUGCAAUGAGCUUCAUUCGGUGGUGUGAUAAAAGGCGUGCGAAUGCCGAUAAAUAGUGUGUGUUAUGGCAAACUGCGCUUGGGCAGGUAGCCUCCGGUAAUCGGGGCGAGGUGAACUCGGUCUCACUUGGAGGCCAGGCGGAAGGGAGGAUUAGGUAAUCAGACUCCCUAAAGCGUGCGUGUGGGCGGACUUCACGGGUGUGGAGUGCAAUCUAUGAGUAUGCAGUAUAGUCAGUGGUGGUGUGUCAACUUGACUGUAUUCAGAGACGGAUUUCGAAAGCCAGUUCGGCACUUUUAGCAACGCUGGCCUUGGUAUUGUGAGGAGUAUCGGAGCCAGAUGGAACCGGGGAGGUGAUUUGCAUCCUGUUUGUGAAUACGUGUGAAGGCUUUCUUCAGGGGAUAAGAGAAUCGUUGGCGAGUGCUGAUAUGGACAGUGGGUUUUUAGGGUUUUACAAAAUCCUAAACCCUAAAACCUACUACACAAGAUGUCCGAUAAUCGUUCACUGUACAUCCCCGUGGUGAUAAUUGUGCUUCAAGUUAGAGCGGCUCACGUCGGGGUGAGCUGGCGUGUUGCGUAUAGAGUGAUACCCAAAUACCCAGGUAAUAGAGUUCCCAUACCACAAGUAGCUCCUUCCCGGACGAGUGCCGAUACAAGGGCUGUUGGCCAUGGUCGGAGGUUUUUGGUUCGUCAGAGUUAUAAUGCUGGGCUGCGUCGUCUCAUGCACUAUUACAACAGCGCAUGGUUUAAUAUUAGGCUAGGCGCAUACCGAUACGCCCUUUCGUCGUUGGCAUACGCAUUGAACAUCGAAGCGUUAAUAGCCUGAAGCACGAGCUGAAUAGAUCGACAGUAUGCUAAAGUCCUGUACCAACGUAACUGUAUGUAGAUGUGUCAGUUACAAGCUCGUGGCGAUUCUAUCUAUUUCACCCACCGGGAGGAUACCGCCACUUCGGUGGAUGGCAGUUGAAAAGCCGAUAUACUUUCUCUAGAGUAAGAGGAUUGUCCUUCUGUUUAUAUAAUAUGGGGUUGUUGUCGGUAUGAGAUGCCCACUCUCAAUCAUAUCCGGAAUAAACGUGGUCGGAUUUGUCUUAAAAAAAAUGGUACCGUGGCCCUUGGAGGCGUUCCAAUACAUAGAUCAAUGAGUUGGGCACGCGUAUUCAUUCCAUCUCUGUAUAGUCAGACACAUCG